CUUCACGUUCUCUGCUCUGUUUCUGGUUCAAGAUGUGGAGAAGCAGAGACUUGAUCGUCCUCCUCUGCCUGAUCCCCUUCCUGCUCCUUUUUCAAGCUCCCACAGCUGCCAUGGCAGCAGACCCUUUCAGAGCAACCUGCGGCGGCGAGGCCUACAACUCGAGUAGCAGCUUUGGAAGAAGCCUAAGCGAACUUUUGUCCUCCCUCAAUUCUCUUUCUUCCACCUCUAACUCCGCCAACGCAACCGCCGGUGCCGGUAGCGACACCGUCUACGGCUUAUACAUGUGCCAAGGCGACCUCUCCGGCUCCAACUGCCAGAGCUGCCUCCAGACGGCCGUCGCCGGCGCCAACCAAAGCUGCCCAGGAGUUCGCCAAGCGAUCGUCUACUACGACCAGUGCCACCUCCGCUACUCCGACGCAAACUACUUCGGCCUCGUCGAUGCUGACGGAUUCAACAUGACCAACCCCUUGGAGGUAACCAGUUCGCGGGUGGCGUUCAACGUAGUGUCCGAUUUGGUGCAGGCGGCGCCCCUGCGACGGCCAGUCAUGUUCGCCACCAACGUGUCGGACAUGUAUCCCCUGUUCGCCCUGGCUCAGUGCACGGCAGACCUGAGCCCCGACGGCUGCCGGAGGUGCUUGACGGCGAGUCUAGUGGCCAUCGAGAACUGUUGCAUCCAGAGUAAAGGGUGGAGGUAUCUCUCCCCGAGCUGCUGGAUAAGGUACGAGCCCACUCCGUUCUUCGGCAAUUACCCCAACAACUUGAGCACGUACAUCAUCCGGAGCCAGUGCUCGAACCUCGACAUCCAAUCCAACAGCCUCAGCGCUAGGACGGCCAAUUUAAGAGGCCUCUUUGACGACCUGAGUGCUCAAGCUCCGGCGACGGGCUUCUACAACGCUUCCGCCGGAGACGACGGCAAU